ACCUUUUACUAAUCAACAUCCUGAGUGUGGUGGCUGCUCUGCUGGUCAUUUUUGUAAUGGUGCUGGUUGUGGUCUGUGUGGUGAUUAGGAAGAAGAAGAAGAAGCUCAAUCACGAAGUCUCUGUCUAUAAUCCAAAUGGCAUCAACUUCCUGCCAGGAUACAACGGACCCCCGAAAACACACGAAGACGAUGACGCUCACGUGUACACCUCCAUCGACGACACACUCGUCUACACACACCUGCUGAAAAAGGGUGCAGAUAUUGGCAUCUAUGGAGAAACAUACCAACAUUUCACGGGACACACAGACUCUCAAAA